AUGGACCCUUCGUUUUCAUCGUUGACGAGUCGUCGACUUUCGCCCACUCAAGGUCGAAGUCAACGUUCACGAAUACCAUCACCGUUUGUCAAUGUUAAACCAACACAGCAAGCAAUAGCACAACAAUCGCCUGAAGAAGAAGAGGAGGAAGAAACUCAGCCGAAUUCAUCACCAAAUCGUCGUCCAAACUUAAACGCGUAUGGUGUUCCAUCAAGGCAUUCAUCAAGGCAUAAUUCUUAUUCACAACCCGCAAAACAAAACGUUCCUAGUAAUUUAAAUGACAAAAUAAGAGUAUGUGUUCGUAAACGUCCACUCAGCAAGAAAGAGCUCACUAGGAACGAGAAAGACAUUGCUACCGUCAGUGGCCAAAGGACUGUUCUUAUAAACGAGCCAAAUGGCAAAACUUACACUAUGCUUGAUGACAAACAAGGACUUUACGUUCUGGCUGCUCGAGAUAUUUUUAACUUAUUACAACGGCCAGAAUAUAGCCAUUUGGCGUCAUAUAUAGGGUUCUACGAAAUUUAUCAAGGGCAAUUAUAUGAUCUGUUGAAUCAACGAAAAAAAUUGUUUGCCCGGGAAGAUGGAAAGAAAAAUGUCGUAAUCGCAGGACUUCAAGAAUAUUCCAUCGAUAAUGUAGAUAAUCUUAUGCAAGUAUUUGAUUACGGAAAUACACUUAGUUUUAUUGAUUUAGCUGGUAGUGAACGUGGUGCCGACAGAGGAGAUGCUGAUAAGCAAACAAGGGUUAAGGAGCUCAAAUCGGAACGGGAUCGUGCUGACCGCGUUGCUGCCGGCCUUGAUGAACUUUGUGGACUAACAGACGAACAACGACAAGAAUAUUAUAAUAAGGCGCAAGAGAAAAUGACCGCAGAAGGUGGUGACGAAGGUUAUGAAGUGUACGAAGGUUACGAUUACGAAGAAGAGGAGGAUCCGGUGUUUGGUGAUGAUGACUCUGAUAUUUUUGAUGAUGAAUUUCUAAGCGAUGAAGAGCAUGACAUACUUGGAGAAGAACUGCCUUCAGAUGGUCUUGAAGAUGAGGCAGAUUUCAUCGAUGAUGGCCGACACAUCGUUUCUAAUUCUGAGAUCUCGGGUUUAAAAAUCAAUGAAUCACCGGACUCUCUUAUUUCUCAUAUGAAACAAUCGUCCUCAUAUUCAACUUCUCCAGAUUUGAAUCCAUCAAUUCAUUUCCCGAGACCAUCUGAUAAUAAUUCAUCAACUUUUACAACUCAAGAAAUAGAUGAUUUUUUGAGGCGUCAUCGCUCAGCACUUAGAGAGGUCAGCGAUACGGGAAAACAAGAAACAAAACUUUUGGCUAAUUUCACGUUAAAAAUGAACUCUAAUAGUGAUAUGGACGGAUCACCAGAUAUUACCGUUAAUGCGUUUGAACAGUAUCUCGAUGAAUUAGAUGCACUUUUAGAAUCAAAAGAACAAGUCAUUUCUGAACUGAGACGCAAAAUCUCACAACUCUGGCGAAAAGCAUAA